AGAAUAGAGAUAUUGUCCAAAAUAGAGCAAAUUUGGUUCCCGCGCUGAAUUCACUUUGAAAUCGUAGAAAACACUUUUUCCCUCCUGCUAUAUACUCACCCCCCACUAAAACUCUCUACGGACAUUCUUUACACAGGGGGUUGAGUUGAGUUGAGCUUGGAGAGCCCAUUCAUUCACUCCUGCAUUCUCCUGCAUUUCUAGGGGUUCUCUCAGCGCCCAACAAUGUCACCUGCCAAGAGAACCAGACAGUCCAUAGCAGAGUUCGAAGCUGCGGUCUCCUCGGCCAAAAAACAUAAGUUUGAGGGCCAAGCUUUGACUGCUAAUGGCAGCGCUAAAGAGAAUGGCACCCCUGCAGCUAAGGAAAAUGGUGUUCCAGCUGUUAAGCCGAAGGUUGCUAAAGAGAAUGGUGCUCCUGUAGCUAAGCCAAAGGCUGAUAAAGAAAAUGGCGCCAUUGCAGCUAAGGAAAAUGGCGCCCCUGCUGCUAAAGAAAAUGGCACUGGCGCCGCUAAGUCAAAGACUGCCAGAGAAAAUGGAGCUUCUGCCGCUAAAGAAAAUGGCGCUUCUGCCGCUAAAGAAAAUGGCGCUUCGGCUGCUAAGGAAAAUGGGACUUCUGCUGCCAAGCCAAAGGCAGCUAAGGAAAAUGGUGUUUCAGGUGCCAAGCCAAAGGUCGCCAAGCUGGCCGGGAGCGACAGCCUUAUCGGAUCUCCUAUCCCGAAGGCCGAGGCGCAGAGCAAAUGGCCCUGGCGCUACCAGGAUACGAAAAAUAAGAAAAAAAGAACCACCGGCAAUGAUGGGGAUGACAGUGAGGAAAUAAUUUUGAUAGCAAAAGCUCAUUAUACGCAAGCUCGGGUGGAUGGAGUCCUCUAUAAUCUGGGUGACUGUGCUUUUGUUAAGGCUGAAGAUGGUGCACCAGACUAUAUAGGUAGAAUUGUUGAAUUUUUUGAGACAGCUGAUGGUAACCAUCAUUUUACUUCUCAGUGGUUCUAUCGAGCAGAGGAUACGGCCAUAAAAACACAAUCUUCUAUUCAUGAGCCAAAGCGAGUCUUUUUGUCUAAAAUAAAGGAUGUCAAUUUGCUUGAAUGCAUCACCUCAAAGCUCAAUAUUGUUCAAGUGCCUCCAGUGAUGGGCUCAGAGAAAGAGAAAAGGAGAAUACCACCAUGUGACUUUUAUUAUGAUAUGGGCUAUGAUUUGCCUUACACAACAUUCCAUAUUCUACCACCUGAAACUGUGCCUGCAACCAGUGAUUCAUCCUCAGAGGUGUGCAAUGAAAUAUCUCAUGAAUUUAAUGGAGCAAUUGAAAGCAAGGCACAAACUAAUGGAAGUUCUAGGAAAGCUUGCAGGGUCAAACCUGAAGUUUCUUCUACUGAGUUGAAUGGAGUAUCUGAAAAUAAGGAAGAAAGUGAGACAAACUUCAAGAAAAAUAUUGCUUCCAAACCUGAGCUAAAGUUGCUUGAUUUGUAUUCUGGAUGUGGUGGCAUGUCUACUGGAUUAUGUUUUGGUGCAAAUCUUUCGGGUGUCAACCUUGUCACGAGAUGGGCAUUGGACUUGAACGAGGCUGCCUGCAAGAGUUUGAAGCAUAAUCAUCCAGAAACAGAGGUUCGCAAUGAGUCUGCUGAUCAUUUCUUGGAGUUGCUUAGGGAAUGGCAGAAGCUGUGUCUAAAGUACUGUGAACCUGAAGAUCAGAAGGCAAUCACUCGUGGUGGCCGGGCACCUCAUAAGGCUAAGGAAACAAAAAAAGAAGAGGAAUCUGUUUCUGAUUCUGAUUCUGAUGUUCAAGAAGGAGAAUUUGAAGUAGAAUACUUGCUUGACAUUCGCCACAUUGAUCCAACCAAGGAGAAUGAAUCUGGGCUGGAAUUCAAGGUGCAUUGGAAAGGCUAUGAUGAGAGUGAGGAUACAUGGGAACCCUUGUCAGGGUUGGGGGAAUGCGAAGAAAAAAUCAAAGAGUUUGUGUUAAAAAGUGCAAAAGAAAAGCGUUUGCCUCUACCAGGUGAUGUGGAUGUUAUUUGUGGUGGCCCUCCUUGCCAAGGAGCUAGUGGAUUCAAUAGAUUUAGAAAUGUUCAAGCUCCUCUUGAUGAUCCAAAAAAUCAUCAAAUGGUUGUAUACAUGGACAUUGUUAACUUCAUGCGGCCACGAUAUGUUUUGAUGGAGAAUGUUGUCGAUAUUCUUAAAUUUUGUAAUGGAUUCCUUGGUCGUUAUGCUUUGAGCCGUUUGAUACAUAUGAAUUAUCAAGCAAGGCUUGGCAUGAUGGCAGCUGGGUGUUAUGGACUUCCACAAUUUCGCAUGCGUGCAUUCUUGUGGGGGGCAAAGCCAUCUGAGAAACUCCCACAAUAUCCGCUACCAACACAUGAUGUGGUUGUCAGAGGUGGCGUCCCAAAUGAAUGGGAGCGCAACAUGGUCGCUUAUGAUGAAAACCAAUGUCGCAAUCUUGAAAAAGCGCUUGUUCUUGGGGAUGCUAUUUCUGACCUUCCAUCGAUUUUAAACUCGGAGAAUCGGGAUGAAAUGGCAUAUGGGAAAGCCCCUUGCACUGAGUUUCAAAGAUACAUUAGGAUGCCUAAAGAAGUUAUGAAAGGUCAAAUGUCAUACGCAACCUCCAAGAAGACAGCACAAAAGGCUGUUCUUUAUGAUCAUAGGUCGCUUCAGUUAAAUGAGGAUGAUUAUCAGCGUGUCUGCAGAAUUCCUAAGAGAAAGGGGGCAAAUUUUAGGGAUCUUCCUGGUGUACUUGUUGGGCCAGACAAUGUUGUGGAAUUGGAUACAUCCAUGGAGAGAGUGUUGUUGCCAUCGGGAAAGCCAUUGGUUCCAGAUUAUGCAAUAACUUUUGUAAAAGGCCGUUCCACAAAGCCAUUUGGUCGGUUAUGGUGGGAUGAAACAGUGCCAACUGUGGUCACCAGGGCUGAGCCUCAUAAUCAGGCUGUUUUGCAUCCUGAGCAGGAUCGAGUUCUUUCUAUUCGUGAGAAUGCAAGAUUACAGGGUUUUCCUGACUACUACAAGCUUUAUGGGGGUGUGAAGGACAGAUAUAUUCAAGUAGGCAAUGCUGUGGCAGUACCUGUUGCACGGGCUUUGGGCUUUGCCUUGGGAAUGGCCAUACAGAAUUUAGGCUCACAGGAGCCGGUCAUGGAGCUUCCAAGGAAAUUUCCUCAUUGUUUCAGUGACAAACAGAAUGGUGACCUAGCUUUAGAUGUUGGAGAGCAAUGCUAGUUACAUGCGUAAAACCAGCUCAUAUUGGUGUUGCUUCAUGUCCUACCAGUAAUUCUGGGGCUCAUUUUUGUCACCAAGGAAUAUAAAUAGAAAGCCAAUCGAGUGGCCGGCCUUCCAAUUUGAAUGUGUUUGCAGCUUUAAUUCCAUUGGCAUAUAAAAAAAGUCUUGAAAUUUGCCUUUGAUCCUUGCUUUGACUCUUGUAAUUGUCAUUCUGUUCUACAAUUGAUUUAUUCUCUUCGGAGGAUUUUUAUUCCGGAAGGUGGUUUGCCUCUGGUAUUACAUUAUAUUUUUAAGAGCUCCCAUUCAUUGUGUUGCUAGGUCUUGUAUGAAAUCUAGGCCAGCGAAUUGUGGUGGCUUUUGGAAAAUAGAAUAUUCUUUAAAAAAUGAGUUUUUCAAAACUAUUUUUAAUGUAAA